AUGGUUGAUGGUAAGUCAGAAGAUUUGGGUGAUCAAAAGCUCGAAAGCUUGGAAAGCAAUGAUACAGACCAAAAAAAGUUAGAUCUAGAACAGUUUUGCGUUCAAUUUGAUGGAAUUGAUGACAAGGAAGAUUCUAGUAGCAUGUCAAGGUGGCAUAAAUGGCUAAUUGUCAUUUUGAUUUCAUUAACAUCGUUAUGUGUCACUUGCAUCUCUUCAUGCUGGUCUUUAGCGUCUGAGAAUAUUAUGAGACAUUUUAAUGUCGGACAUGAAGUAAGUACUUUAGGGAUAUCAUGCUAUAUUUGGGGUUUGGGAACAGGCGGAAUUUUUCUUUCACCAAUUAGUGAGUAUCAUGGCAGAAAGAUGGUAUACAUACUUGGUUUGGGCCUAGUAGUUUGCUUCCAAUUUUUAACAGCAUUCUGCAAUAAUUUAGGUGGAGUACUUUUUGGGCGCUUCAUGUCCGGAUUCUUUGGUAGCUCUUUCAUGUCAGUUGCUUCGGGAUCUUUUUCUGACUUAUUUAAAGCAAAAGAAUCUGCAAAGAUAGCUGAAAAUAAAGAUGCUAAUAAGGAAUUAUCUAAUGCUAUGAUUCUUUAUUCAGUUUCACCAUUUAUUGGACCUGGUAUAGGACCGUUGAUUUCAGGAUUUGUAAAUGCAAAUUUAAACUUCAGAUGGACAUUCUACAUUAUGAUCAUUUGGUCAGCCUUUUUAUUAAUUCUAGUCAUAAUAUUUGUGCCAGAGACAUACGAGCCUGUGCUAUUGAGAAAGAAAGCCAUCAGGAUUCGGAAAGAGAGAGAGGACGAAAGAUAUUAUGCUCCAAUAGAACGAAAGGAUGUUACUCUUUAUGAAAGUAUUAUUAUCUCAUCCAAAAGACCGAUCUUAUUGAUAUUUAGAGAUUAUAUGACGUUGGCGCUUUGCUUCUAUACUGGGUUUUCAUUGGCGAUUGUAUAUCUAUUCUUUGUUGCAGUUCCAUAUAUAUUCUCAGAAGUUUACAAUUUUUCACUAGAGGCCCAGGGAAUGUCGUUUUUAGGAUUAGUGAUAGGGAUGGCGUUGACAUCGCUUCUAUCUCCCUAUUUUGUGAACUUGCAAUAUUCAAAGUUGAUGAAAAAAAAUAAUGGUAAAAGCCAACCCGAAUUCAGGUUCAUCUCUUUGAUAAUAGGAGUAUUUAUAGUUCCUAUAGGACUAUUUUUUUUGGCUUGGACAACAUAUUCACUGGUCCAUUGGAUAGUACCGAUAAUAGCGACAGGUGUUUAUGGUACAGGCACCAUCCUUGUCUUUAAUGGUAUAUUCUCUUAUACCGUCGAAGCUUAUAGAUUAUAUGCGGCAUCGGCUAUGGCCACAAAUUCUUUUAUCAGAUCUUUAAUGUCUGGUGUAUUUCCUUUAUUUGGUCUUCAGAUGUACAAAGGAAUGGGUAUUCAUUGGGCAACAACAUUAUUAGGUGCUUUCGCCUGUUUGAUGAUUCCAGUGCCCUUCUUCUUUUACAAAUAUGGAGAAAAGUUAAGGAAAAAAAGUCCCUAUACGUGGUCCGAAUAG